GUUCUCCUCCCGCCAUCUGUGCUUUUGCCUCAUGCUUACGGACCAUUUGUUAGAGACAACGUCGGCACGUCAGCCUGCGAUUUCGGACUUGACCCCGGGGGCUGAAGCGGCUGAGGGCAGGUGUCUUGCCUGGGGGAGUUGGUGAGAAGAGAUGGGGUGCUGCAGCAUGAGUGCCCGGCGAGCUGCGUCGGCGGGGACAUGCCAGGAUGAGAUGGAGCUGCUGGAAAUAGGUGGUAGCAGAAAAUGGUCCAUUUCAGAAGCGCAGAGUGAAGGCUCCCUCCAUCUCAAGGAUCCCGUGACCGCGACAGAGACAGGAGGUAACCUGAGGCUAGCUGAAGAGGAAGAUUUUCAGGGGAGGAUCAGCAAGCUGAACCCACAGGCAGAAGUGCUGUGGGGGAGAACACGGGAGGAACUAAGGAACUUCCUAGUCACACAGCCCAUCACUGGCUGGGAAGGGAGGAGCAUCCACUCCCUUGGGGAAAUAGUAUGGUCCUCACUGGUUCUUAUGCGCAGCUGUCACAUGCAGGAGAUGUCCGAACGGUACAUUGUGCUGUUCCCCUUCCAGCUGUUGAUUCUAUCAGUGGAUCACAUGAAGAAGACGUUUGUCUACCAGGGCCUGCUUCCGCUGGCGGGGAUGAGUGUGAGGGAUGUGCCGAGUGACACCGGCUGCAUGUUUGAAAUGAUGGGGCCCAUGAUAGAAUCCAGGAUCAUCUCAUGCCUGAGUCCAGAUGAAUUCCACAUCUGGGUUCUCAGCAUCCAGCAGCACAUCAAGAUGGCAAAUGCUCACUGUCCAGCCCACCCCAGCAAUAUCGUUCCUUUCCUGGUUCCAUGUGAUGAGCAGUGGAAGAAACGGAAGCUGAUGAAGCAUCUGUUUUACACCACCAUUCUGAAGUGGGAAGGGAAACCCAUCCAGCACCUAGGACGGAUACACUACCUGGCCAUGGUGCAGGUGGCUUAUGCCAGCAUGGGGGACUUUAAAGAGCGGCUGCUGGUGCUGUUUCCAGAGGAUCUGGUUUUCCUCUCCGUCGACAGAGAGAGAACCUGCAUUGCGUAUGAGGGAAAACUCCCCCUAGCUGGGAUCCAGGCAAAGGAGAAAUCUGCUGUGCUGGGGCGGCUGGAAUUUGAAAUCACCGGAAGCCUGACGGAACCGAUCCUGGUCACCUGCUGCACCGCUGAAGAUUAUGAAAAAUGCCUCUUCUACCUACAAAAGCCUGAGCAAAACCUUGACACUGUGACUGUCCAGCCACCACCCAUGGUGCCGAAGAAAUCGCUGCAGCGUUAGACGUAUGGAGCCUAUGGAAAAGGCCCAGUGACAGCGCUGACUGUAGGAGCCAAACUGAUGGCUAAGGAUGCUGGAGGAAGGAGCCCACCACUGGCAAAACUAGAGAUGGACCAGAAAUAACUUGAAUCCAAACCCCUCCAGACUGAGAAGGUUGAAUUGUGAGUCCUCGAUCUGAACCUACCCUGUGGGGUAUGGUCCCCAGCUGGACUCAUUCAUUUGUGCCCAGAUUAGCUGCUGUUCCCGAUGGCCUGUUGGAAUCCCCUGGAUAUAAUCCCAGUUGAUCAGACUCCUUGGGGAGGAAUCCUUCCUGGUUUGAUCACUUUAUUUAUUGGCUGCUGCUUCUUGGAGAGAGAAAUAACCUAAGGUAGUG